UAAUCCAAGUGAGCUGGGCGUGUUAGCUUUGCAAAAUCCGAUGUUUUAAGUGAGUGUUUUUCAUCGAUAUGUAACAAAAGGAAUAUAUCGCAAAGGAGUAAAUAGAAAAUCACGUUACAUAAGAAUCUCACAGCAAACAAAAAAUGUCCCUUUCGUUGCGAAUCAAUAUUGUCGAGCACAAUGUUACGAAAACGAUCUUCUUCAAUCCAUCUAUGUCGGUGUACGAUGCCUGCAGGGAAAUCCGCAACAAAAACGAGAACCUCGGAAAGGCCACGGAUUAUGGCCUGUUCCUUACCGACGAAGACAACAAAACUGGAGUGUGGCUAGAACCCAAUCGCUCCUUGGAAUACUAUCUACUUCGAAGCGGUGACGUACUCGAAUACCGCAAGAAACUUCGCACGCUCCGAGUGAAAAUGCUUGACGGCUCCGUGAAGACCAUCAUGGUUGACGACUCUCAAGUAGUUGCCAAUCUAAUGGUGGUGAUUUGUACUAAGAUCGGUAUCACCAAUCACGACGAAUACUCGCUGGUACGCGAAGACAUCGAACCCCAAGAGAACCUCGACCAAACUAAAAACUACGGAACUCUCACCUUGAAACGCAAGAAGGAAAAGGAGGAUCGCGAACGCGACGCCAAAAUGGAACAGUUGCGUCGUAAACUUCACACCGACGACGAAGUUAACUGGCUGGAUCCCGCGAAGACGUUGAGAGAACAAGGCAUUGAGGAAAACGAAACUGUGCUAUUGAAGAGGAAGUUCUUCUUCUCCGAUCAAAACAUCGACUCCAGAGACCCGGUGCAACUCAACUUGUUGUAUGUACAAGCCAGAGACGCCAUUCUUAACGGCACCCAUCCGAUCACACAGGAUAAGGCCUGUGAAUUUGCCGGUAUUCAGUGUCAGAUCCAGUUUGGUAACCACAAUGAGUCCAAACAUAAAACUGGAUUUUUGGACCUGAAAGAAUUCUUGCCCCAGUCAUACGUCAAGAUCAAAGGUAUCGAGAAAAGAAUUUUCGCUGAACACAAGAAGAACCAUGAUAUAGAUGAGUUAGAUGCAAAAGUGAAGUACACCAAGAACGCUAGAUCUUUGAGCACCUAUGGUGUCACAUUCUUCUUGGUGAAGGAGAAGAUGAAAGGAAAGAACAAGUUAGUGCCCCGAUUGUUGGGUGUGACAAAGGAUUCGGUGCUCCGUUUGGACGAGAAAACCAAAGAAAUUCUACAAGUCUGGCCGCUCACGACUGUGCGACGUUGGGGUGCUAGUCCUAAUACCUUUACCCUCGAUUUUGGAGACUACUCUGAUCAAUACUACUCGGUACAAACUACCGACGCUGAACAAAUUCAACAGAUCAUUGCCGGAUACAUUGACAUUAUUCUGAAGAAAAAACAAGCGAAAGACCACUUCGGCAUUGAAGGUAACGAAGAGUCGACCAUGUUUGAAGAAAAUGUUUCCCCGUCUAUGGCAAGAUUCCUGCAACACGAGUCUAGUAAAGUUGGAAAAAUUGUCACAGAAUCGUUAGCACAACCUGGACUACUAAGAGCAGGAACUAAUGGAGAAAAACCGUUUAGCCUUAAUUCAAUGAGUAGUGCACAACAAACCACGAUAACGGGAUCAGUUAAUGUUGGUCAUGCUCCUCCCACGGUGCAACAGACAAAGGUCACUUCGGUCCUGUCCGAGCCCCAAAGGGGCCUACUUACUACUAUUUCGGCUACUCAGAGUCGCAUCAAAGAGUCAGAAAUUGAACUGGAAAGCAGGGCUCAUAUACCAGAGCUAGGUACGGAUGCUGCUUCAAUGAAAUGGAAGGAAGUCACAUUGGACACAAGAAAACAGAAUGUGGGAUCCCAGAUAGCUGCCAUGAACGCUGCCACGGCUCAGGUCGUUACAUUGACAUCAGGUCCACAGGAUGAAGUGGAUCAUAAUGCCGUUGGAGCUGCCAUAACAACAAUCGGCAGCAAUUUGCCAGAGAUGACCAAAGAUGUUAAAGUCAUUGCCACCCUAAUGGAGGACAGUGAUAUGGGUGACAAGUUGCUAGAGGCCACAAGGAAGUUAUGUACUGCCUUUAGUGACUUGCUCAAGGCGGCAGAACCCGAAUCCAAAGAGCCACGUCAAAAUCUCCUUAAUGCUGCAUCCAGAGUGGGAGAAGCUACUACCCAGGUCCUGGCUACUAUCGGAGAAGAAACUGAUGAAAAUAAGGAGCUACAAGACAUGCUCCUUUCUUUGGCCAAAGCAGUGGCUAGCACAACCGCUCGCCUCGUAUGGAGUGCCAAAGACAUUGCAUCAACUUGCGAUGAUCAACAAGUGCAAAAUAGAGUCAUCGGUGCUGCAACUCAGUGUGCUUUAGCUACUUCCCAACUCGUCGCAUGUGCUAAGGUUGUGGCUCCAACUUUGCAGUCGCCCGCUUGUCAAGAACAACUCACGGCGGCUGUCCGCGAAGUAGCUAAGGCAGUUGAGAAUCUGGUUUCUGUAUGCAACGAAGCAUCGCCCGAUGAAAAUCUUAGCGGUAAAUUGCAAGAAGCCGCAUCAGAAGUCUCAAAAACAUUGAAUGCUCUCCUUAACCACAUUAAAUUGGGAUCUCGAGAAAAAGCAAAGGAAUCGGUCCAAGAACAAAGUGUGGAAGAAAUUUACAUGGCAACAGAUAAAUUACACGCUGCAUCCGGUGACGCCAACGAAAUGGUGAAACAAGCUCGUAGAUUGGGUCAAGCUACUGCACUCCUUAUACAAAGCAUUAAAGGUGAAGCCGAAAAAUUGCCCAGCGAUUCUGACAUCCAACGCAGAUUAUUGGCGGCAGCCAAAACUUUGGCCGAUGCCACAGCAAAAAUGGUAGAAGCAGCCCGUCAAUGCGCCAAUAAUCCGCAUGAUGUGGGCUAUCAAGACGUCUUGAGGAAAACUGCAGAAGACCUUCGCGACGUGACAACAGUGGCCGCUACCACUCCAGCCCUCAGGUCUAAAUUAGUAGAGCGAGUGCAAGUUUGUGCCAAGAAGGCAGUCUCCUCAGCGACUCAAUGCAUAAACGCCGCCCAGGCCAGUCAUUCAUUCAACACCAACACGGCUACAAAGGAGCAACUCAAAUCUGAUACUCGGGAGCUAGCUGAACAAAUUCCUCCUCUUAUUAAUUCGCUUAAGGCACAUGGUGCCAAUCCUGAAGAUAACCAUGUCCAAUCAGAGCUUAUGUAUGUAGCGGAGGUGUUCUUACAUCCUGCUCAACACUUUGUUCAAUCUUCUCGAUCUGUACUGCCAACCGUCACCGAGCAUUCUGUAACCGAACAACUCUCCAUGACCAGUCAUCAACUGAACACGGAUUUGGGCGAUUUGCGUAUCGCUUUAAGUAGAGCUAAACCUGUGUGUCAAGGUAUGGGUCUCGAAGCUGCCCAACAACUCAUCGCCGAUCUUCAAGAUGAAUUAAAUGAAUUCGAACGCGCCGUAGAAGCCCACAAAUUAAGACCAUUGCCAGGCGAUACACCCGAAAAAGGCUCUUAUCAAAUUACGUCUAGUACUAAGCUGAUAAAUCAAAAUGUGGCUCAAUUAUUGAGCGCUGCAUCUCAGGGCAAUGAAAUGUACACAGCGCAAGCUGCCAAAGAUACCGCUCACAGUUUGAGGAACUUAACUGGUGGAAUUAGAUCUGUAGCAUCGACUACCGACAAUCCGGAAAUGCAACGCAAAUUAAUCAAAUCUGGACAAGAUGUACUCAUGCAUUCAGCCAAAUUGGUAGAUGAAGCGCAAAAAAGUUUGCACUCUGUUAAUUUGACGCCAGGUUUACAAACAGCCGCAAAAGAAAUUUCCGCAUCACUAACGAAAACGGUAGGAUGCUUACCUGGUCAGAAAGACGUAGACAACGCUAUAACAAACAUAAUUCAAUGGACAUCCAGAAUUGAAACCACCUCUUAUCCUCAAACAAACAGAAGCUAUGGGGAACUUCAAAAAGAGUUGAGCGAUGCAGCCGCCCACCUAAACGAAACUAGUUCUGUUGUUGUUUCAUCUGUUAAAAGUCCUGUUCAGCUAGCCUCAUCAUCCAAGGACUUCAGUAAUGCCUUUAACGAUCUUCUCCAAGUUUCAUUAGAAAUGGCCGGACAGCAAACUGAUACAGGAGUACAAGGAGAGAUGGUUGACUCCUUGAAACAUGUGUCAACCUCUUCCAGUGCUCUUCUUACCACUGCCAAAUCUUUAUCAGCCGACCCUAAUCUACCAAAUGGCAAAAAUCAAUUGACUGCGGCUGCUAGAGCUGUAACUGAAAGCAUCAACCAUUUGGUUAACGUUUGUACAUCCGCAACGCCAGGACAAAAUGAAUGUGACAACGCUAUUAGAAAAAUCAAGGCUACGAGAUAUUUGUUGGAAAAUCCCACUGAACCUGUAAAUGAUUUGUCUUACUAUGAAGCUUUGGAGACCGUCCUCGAAAACAGCAAAAUUUUGGGUGAAGGAAUGACAGGAAUCACCAACUGUGCCAAAGCUCCAGAUCCAGAGAAAUUCUCUGAGUACAUUAACACCUUUAGUGGUGUCAUUUGUUCGCUUGUUGAAGCAUCGGCCCAAUCCGCAUAUCUUGUGGGUGCUUCGGACACAACAAGCGUUGCUGGUCGCCCAGGAUUGCUGGACCAGUCACAGUUCGCUCGAGCUUCUCAAGCCAUCCGGCAGGGUUGCGCUGAUCUCUCGAACCCAACAAAUCCUCAGAAACAGGUGCUAGAUGCCGCCACAAUGAUCGCUAAACAUACAAGUGCCCUUUGUAACUCAUGUAGAAACGCUAGUAACAAAACAACCAAUCCCGUAGCCAAGAGACACUUCGUUCAAAGCGCCAAAGCUGUAGCCAAUUCUACUGCAGCAUUGGUUAAAGAAAUAAAGAUUCUGGACUCGGAUUAUUCCAACGAGAACAGAAGGAGGUGUGCUGAAGCUACGAAACCCUUGCUAGAGGCAGUGGACAGUUUGUGCGUGUACGCAGCCUCAAGCGAGUUUGCCUCGAUUCCGGCUAAAAUUUCGGAAGAAGGUAAACAGGCGCAGCAACCGAUACUUAAAUCUGGUCAAUCCCUCAUCGAUUCUUCCACAUCUGUACUAAACGCCACCAAAACUCUCAUUGUUAAUCCGAAACAUCCGUCUGCCUGGCAACAGUUUGCUAGCAGUUCUAAAUCGGUGUCUGAUUCCUUCAAACAAUUGGUGCAAGACAUUAAAAAAAGUUCUCCUGGUCAAAACGAAUGUAUUAAGGCCGUGGAAAUUCUUACCAACCAUUUGAAGACAUUGGAUGCCGCGUACAUGGAUUCAGUAUCGCAAUCUUUAAAACCAAGAAGGAACGCCUCCCUUCCAGUUUUCAGUCAGCAAGUCGAACGUUCUGCUGGUGGUUUGUUGGAUACCAUUGAACCACUGAGACAGGCUGCCAAAUACGAAGCUGAAAACAUUGGCCACUGUGUCAAUCAACUUGUGCAGUACUUCGAACCUUUAGUUCAGAACACCAUUGGCGCUGCUUCCAACAUCAGCAAUUCAAAGCAGCAAACGGUACUCUUAGAUCAAGCAAAGUCUGUCACCGAAUCCGCCGUACAAUUAACAUACUUAACUAGAGAAUGUGGAGGCAAUAGAAAAACCGUAAAUAUUCACAAAGAUAUAGAUGAAACUGCCGCAACACUUCGCGACACCAUUCAAGAGUUGGUGACCAGCCUUGAAAACAUUUCAACCCAAAGCGGCAUUGUUUCCGGCGUGAUUGACAGCAUUACUCGUUCGAUGACCCAUCUUACUGACCAUCGGGCCUCACUAAUACUUUCAGAAAGCGACGGCUAUGUGGAUUAUCAGACCAGGAUGGUGAACGCCGCUAAGGAAAUUGCUAAGAUCAGCAGCGACAUGGCCGCUAAGGCCGCUUCGGACACUCAACAGCUAGCUCCUUUGUCUGCCGACUUGGGACACAAGUACCAUCAGCUGGCCAGUGACAGCGUCGGAGCUGCCGCUUCAGCUAGUAACGUGGAAGUAGCAAUCAAACUUAAGGAAGUGGUCCAUCAACUUGGUGCUGCUUGUACAGAAUUGAUUCAGACCGGAGGACAAUGUUUGAUUCAAAAGGAUGACAUAAUUUUGCGACAGAUCGGAGAUUGUUCCAGAAACGUGGCCGAAAAAGUGUCAUACGUGUUGGCCACGUUACAGUCUGGCUCCAGAGGAACACAAGCUUGCAUAAACGCCGCAUCUACAGUUUCCGGAAUAAUCGGCGACUUGGAAACGACAAUUAUGUUUGCCACUGCCGGCAAUUUGAACCCGGAGAACGAGCACGAAUCGUUCGCCGAUCACAGGGAAAACAUACUGAAGACCGCCAAAGCUUUGGUCGAGGACACGAAGACGUUGGUGGCUGGCGCUGCGUCUACACAAGAACAACUCGCAGUGGCUGCACAAAAUUCAGUUGCUACUAUAGUGCAACUCGCGGAUGUUGUCAAGCUGGGUGCUAUGAGUUUGUCCUCUGACAAUCCUGACUCGCAAGUAAUGCUCAUUAACGCAGUCAAAGACGUCGCUUCCGCCUUAGGAGAUCUGAUUCACGCCACCAAGGCAGCCAGCGGCAAACCCAUCAGCGAUCCCGCUAUGAGUCACCUAAAGGAGAGUGCCAAGGUUAUGGUAACUAACGUUACAUCGCUAUUGAAAACGGUUAAAGCAGUAGAAGACGAGCACACCAGAGGUACUCAGGCUUUAGAGGCCACUGUUGAGGCUAUUGCUCAAGAAAUGAAGAGCCUGUACUCAACGGAGGGCCAACGUUCAGUCACUGCCGAAGAUUUGGUAAAAUGCACCAAAGCCAUAACCAACGCCACAGCUAAAUGCGUUGCUGCUGGUAUCAGCAAUAAACAGGACGACAUAAUUGCCGCAGCAAAUCUAUCCAGAAAAUGCAUAUCCGACAUGCUUAUAAUCUGCAAGAGCGCUGCUUACACCUUAGCCGAGACUGAAGAACUCAAGGACGAAACUCUGGAGGCCGGUAGAUUGUGUGCGGAAUACUUCAGAGAAUUAUUAAUCAUGAUCCUGCAAAGUGGCGGCACUCAAGAUAUUAAGCAGGUGCUACCAAUGAUCUCGAGGAAGAUUGCGCAAUCUGUCACCGAAUUGGUCAGCAUCGGCAAACGACUCAAGGGUUCCGACUGGGUGGAUCCCGACGAUCCGACCGUUAUUGCUGAAAACGAACUUCUCGGUGCUGCCGCUUCCAUCGAGGCCGCGGCUAAGAAACUGGCUAGUUUGCGACCACGUCAGAACAUUCAGGCACAUCAACCAGAUGAAUCUCUGAACUUCGACGAGAUGAUACUCGAGGCGGCGAAAUCAAUUACCACAGCUACAUCAGUAUUGAUCAAGGCCGCCAGCGCUGCUCAAAGAGAGCUGGUUGAUGCUGGUAAGAUGUCUAGGUCUCCAGUGUCAUCUUCCGACGAUGGUCAGUGGUCCGAAGGCUUGAUUUCCGCCGCUAGAUUAGUUGCCGCUGCAACUCAUAGUUUAGUUGAGGCAGCCAAUGCUCUCGUUCAAGGGGUUGGCAGCGAAGACAAGUUGAUAGCGGCUGCUAAGCAAGUAGCUAGUUCAACAGCUCAACUUUUGGUCGCCUGCAAAGUGAAAGCCGAAGGCGAUACCGACGCCACCCGCCGUUUAUCAUCUGCUGGUAACGCUGUUAUUCGUUCAACUGAUAACCUGGUGCGUGCCGCUCAACGUGCCAAGAGCGUGGAAGAAGAGAGGUCACUGAUACUCAAUACAAAAAUGGUCGGUGGAAUUGCCCAGGAAAUUAAUGCACGCACAGAGGUGCUUAGGAUCGAAAGAGAGUUGGAAGAUGCACGUAAUAAACUUAGUGCAAUUCGACAAGCAAAAUAUAAGCGAUAUGAUACUUCUGGCGACGAUACCGAUGGAUACAUCAGUUCGGCGCCCGAAGGCGAUUCAAGGUACCAUCAAGGAUAUGAUAGCUCGCACAGUUUUACAUACUCUACCCCACAUAAACAUUAUCAAGAAACAUACAGUCAGUUAGAAAGUCCAGACAGAGUAAACUCUUUGGAACGUAACAAAGCUCGCAAUAUACUUCAAUCGCAAAUCAACGAUUUAGACUCUGCCGUUUAUGGUGGUACCAACAGUUAUGGUCAAACCUACUCUCCAAGUUACAGUCCAAAUUAUCCCCACAGUAUAUAUGGAGUAACCAACAACUAUGGAACUACAUCAAAUUACAAUUCCUUUACCCAAAACGCACCGAAAUUUUCAACACAGUCUCCUAGUUAUUCGAACCAGUACAAUUAUUCCACUACAGCGACUAAGCCAAUUUCUCCUUCUGCAUACGAACCACCAAGUAAACCAUAUGAAGUACCAAAAUCUUAUGAAAGUCCUAGUCAUGGUAUUUAUGGAACAAAUAAAGGAUCUACAGCAUCCAAUGCCAUUCCCAAACCUUUCAGUACCAUGUCACACGACAAAUCCUACGAGUACGGGACUACGACUCAGCCAUUCAGUACUUUCGCAAAAUCAUUAGAAACCAUAAGCAAAUCUGAACAAAAACCAACAUCAGAUGGCUAUUCCAGCUCAGAGUAUAGCACAAACACAUUUAAAACUCCAGAAGGAUACAGAACUGAAACAUUCAAAUACGAAUCUUAUCAGUCAAAACCACAAACGCAGUACUCCUCUUCUGCCGAGAAGUAUUAUACAAGUACUCCUGGUUCAAAUUUGCCGUUGAGUCCCAUUCACAAAGUGCCUUUCGACGACUUCAAAAAUGGCGCCGAUUCACAGUUCCAUUCCACAUUCUCCUCGAACGUAGAGUACAUAAACGAGCCGCCGGUGAUCAAAGACAAUGACAGUUUGGAACAGAAAAUGCUAAAGAAGUCUGUGACCCAACAGAUUAUUGAGAAAAAGACGACAACCAUGACUAAGUCAAGUAAACAAGAAUCCUCUACGAAAAGUUUUCGAUUCGAAUGAUCAUAGCAAAUGAUUUGCUUGGACGCUGCCAAUUUUUAAUGUAGUUGUUGUUUUCGGGAAUUAAUUCGAAAGUGUCCUUAUUUGUUGAUGGUGCUAAUAUAUGUUUUCUUUUUAUGUUAAUUAUUGUCUUAUUAACCAAAUAUAUUAAUUGUGCCAAUAAUAUUUUUAGCUUUUGUUUAGCUUGCAGAAUAAUACAAUCGAAUAUUAUUAGUUUUGUAUAUUAUGUUAAGUGAUAAAUUAAAACUAAAUUUAUGUUUAUAUUCCCUAGUGUACUUUGUAAAGUGCCUGUCACUCCUAAAAUUGUAUAUUUUAUAAGUUUUAGUUAAAUGUAACAAGACUUAAUAGUGCCUAAAGAUAUAUAUUUAUUCAUUUUAAUAUGCAAUGUAAUUGGAAUGUUUUAAAAAUAUACUUUCUAAACUUAAACAUUUGCCAAAAUAAAAUGUUAACAUUUA